AGAUUUCUUAUUUUAAUUAGAAUCAGUCGGAUUUGUCAGAUGAAGAGCUAAAUGAUGAUCUUUUACAGAGUGAUAAUGAAGACGAAGAAAAUUUCAGUUCUCAGGGUGUCACAGUUAGUCUUAAUACCACAUCUGGCAUGGUUGCAUCAUUUGAACUGUCUGACAACACUAAUGACCAAUCUGGAGAACAGGAAUCUGAGUAUGAACAAGGAGAAGAUGAACUAGUUUAUCACAAAUCUGAUGGAUCAGAAUUGUAUCCUCAAGAGUACCCAGAAGAAGGACAGUAUGAAGGCCACGAUGCUGAGUUGACGGAAGACCAAAUAGAAUAUGUGGAAGAGCCAGAGGAAGAGCAACUUUACACUGAUGAAGUGUUAGACAUCGAAAUCAAUGAACCUUUAGAUGAAUUUACAGAUGAAGAAUACUUACAGGCUUAUGGUGGGCAACAAGGGCUGCAAGAGCAGGAAGACUAUGUUGCUGAAGAUGAAUUAGAUGAGAUUACUGAUUCCCAGGUUGCUCCUGAAACUGAAGAGGGAGGUAUGGAAACUUUGGAACUUCAGAAAGACAUAAAAGAAGAAUCAGAUGAAGAAGAAGAUGAUGAUGAAGAAUCUGGACGAUUACGUUUCAAAACCGAAAGGAAAGAAGGAACAAUUAUUAGGCUCUCAGAUGUCACUAGAGAGAGAAGGAACAUUCCAGAAACUUUGGAGCUUUCAGCAGAGGCCAAAGCGGCAUUACUUGAAUUUGAAGAAAGAGAGCGACAGCAUAAACAGGGACGCUAUGGCUCCAGGCGGGGAGGACGGCGAGGAGGCCCGUUGAUGUGUCGUGGCAUGGGGGACCAGAGGAGAGAGAGCAGUGACAGGGCCAGGAUGAAGGACCACAGACCCGCGCUGCUUCCUGCACAGCCUCCCGUCGUGACUCAUUCUCCAAGAUUAAUUCCUCCUCCACAGCCACAGCCGCCCCCUCCACCACCGCCGCCUCCUCCUCAGCAGCAGCCGAUUCGAAGUCUGUUCCAGCAGCAGCAGCUACAGCCUCUGCUUCCCUUGCAGCAUUCGCAUCACCCCUCCCCGCCUCAGGGAAUGCACAUGCCGCCCCAGAUUGAGACCCCAAGAAUAAUGAUGACCCCUCCUCCUGUGACUCCACAGCAGCCCAAGAACAUACAUAUCAACCCGCACUUCAAAGGGACGGUGGUAACUCCUGUUCAAGUGCCCUUGCUGCCAGUUCCGAGCCAGCCAAGACCUGCCGUGGGACCCCAGAGAUUCCCAGGUCCUCCAGAAUUUCCACAGCAUACACCUGGACCUGUUCCCAACAAUUUUAGCCAGCCGCCCCGGCUUCCUCUCCAGGACCAAUGGAGAGCCCCACCCCCGCCUCAGGAGCGAGAUCCUUUCUUUUUAGGAGUUUCAGGUGAACCAAGGUUCCCAAGUCAUCUUUUUCUGGACCAGCGAAGUCCCCCUCCACCACCACCGCCUCCCACGCUUCUUAACAGUAGCCAUCCUGUUCCUACUCAGAGUCCUUUACCAUUCACUCAGCCAGGACCAGCAUUUAAUCAGCAAGGACAGCAACCGGUGUUCCCAAGAGAGAGGCCCGUAAGACCGGCCCUGCAGCCUCCGGGUCCAGUGGGGAUCCUGCACUUUAGCCAGCCAGGGUCAGCAACCACACGGCCUUUCAUUCCUCCUAGACAGCCCUUCCUGCCUGGCCCAGGACAGCCGUUUCUGCCCACACAUGCACAGCCUAAUCUGCAGGGGCCCUUGCAUCCUCCAUUGCCCCCUCCACAUCAGCCUCAGCCUCAGCCUCAGCAGCAGCAAGCUCAGCAGCAUCAGCAGCAGCCCCAGCACCACCAGCACCAGCCCCCACCCCAGCACCCUCCCCCGCACCAGCCCCCGCCCCCGCACCCACCGCAGCACCAGCCUCAGCAGCACCAGCACCACCACCACUUGGCAGUGCCUCCCCCUCCUCUGAUGCCCAUGGCUCAGCCACAGUUCAGGCCGCAUGUGCAGACAGCUCAGCCUCAGUCAAACAGCAGCCGGAUGCAGUGCCCCCCGCGCCAGGGGCUAAGGCACAAUACAGCAUCUCAGAAUGUCACCAAACGUCCGAUGCAGCAAAUGCAGCCCACUGCUCCAAGAAACAGUAAUUUGCGUGAGUUACCCAUAGCGCCAUCACACGUUAUAGAGAUGAGCAGCAGUCGUUGCUCCACCACACCUUCAGCUCAAGUGAAACCUAUUGUCAGCACGUCGCCACCAGCGAGGGCAGUGGCAGCUUCCAGGAACUCACAGGGAAUGACUGAAGUGAAAGUCAAGCCAGUUAGCCCUGUGGCUCAACCUAAAGAAGAAGCAAAAGCGGAAACAGAGUUUCCUGAUGAAGAUGAGGAAACAAGAUUAUAUCGCUUGAAGAUAGAAGAGCAGAAACGCCUCAGAGAAGAAAUUCUGAAACAGAAAGAGUUGCGACGGCAGCAGCAGGCAGGGGCCAGGAAGAAGGAGUUACUAGAGAGACUCGCGCAGCAGCAACAGCAGCAGCAGCAGCUCUACGCACCUCCAUCCCCCAUAGAGCAGGAGGAGCAGGCAUCUUCACCGUCACCCACCAAUGGGAACCCACUGUUGCCCUUCCCAGGUGCACAGGUCAGACAGAAUGUGAAAAACAGACUUCUUGUUAAAAGCCACGAUGUCACUGUUUCACAUAUUCAGCCCAAAACAUCAAAUUUUGUACCGUCUGGUACCAACAUGCAGUAUCAAGGACAACAUAUGAAACCCCUGAAACAUUUGAGACAGGCCAGAACAGUCCCUCAAAGUCAAACUCAGCCGCUGCAUAAAGUACUCCAGAUAAAGCCUGUAGACGUGGAGGAACCAGCUGCCCCCCAGGCUACCCGGGUGGCAUCCAUUCAGGGCCGGCCUCAGGACAUGAAGCCUGGCGUGAAAAGGACUGUCACGCACAGGGCAAACAGUGGUGGUGGAGACGGGCCCCACGUCAGCUCCAAGGUCAGGGUGAUUAAGCUGUCAGGCGGGCAGGGAGGAGAGAGUGAUGGCUUUUUUCACCCGGAAGGCCAGCCCCAGCGGCUUCCUCAGCCUCCAGAAGGGGGACCGCAGCCUGCCCGCAAGGUGACAUUGACCAGAGGGGGCCUCCAGCAGACCCCACACCCACCAGUGGGGCCCCACACGCACUCAGCUGUCCCUCCAGGGAUCAAAAGCAUCCAAGGAAUUCACCCGGCAAAGAAGGCCAUCAUGCAUGGACGAGGCAGAGGAGUGGCGGGUCCCAUGGGCCGUGGGCGCCUGAUGCCCAACAAGCAGAACCUGCGGGUGGUGGAGUGCAAGCCUCAGCCCUGCGUGGUGUCUGUGGAGGGGCUGUCCUCCUCCACCACGGACGUCCAGCUGAAGAGCCUGCUGAUGUCGGUGGGACCCAUCCAGAGUUUACAGAUGCUUCCCCAGCAACGGAAAGCCAUAGCUAAGUUCAAGGAGCCAGCCCACGCAUUAGCAUUUCAGCAGAAAUUCCACAGGCAUAUGAUAGAUUUGUCACACAUAAAUGUGGCCCUGAUUGUGGAGUGACUCCUCAAGGGAGAGCCAGACAUCUGCUGUGAAUACACUUUGGAAUUCUUCAAGGAAGCUCCGACUGGCCAUAGAAUCCCCAGGAGUGGAAGUCUCUCCGGCUGCAGGCUUGCUAACUGUUGUCCAAGCGCCAGCCAGCCACAGGGUUGAUCCCAGAAGAGCUGGACUUAGAGGAGCAGCAGGCUGGAGUUGGUAUUAGAUUGCUUCAGGUUCUGUUGCCACCACCAUGAACUCCAAGUUUCUCAUUUUCUUUUGUUUUCAAAGUUCUUGCAAUGCAUGUAGACAUCGUUCUUCAUGAUCUGACUGUAUGAUCGAUCACAGUGACUUAGAUUCAGGAAAGAACAUUAACAUCACAAAUUCUAAGUAUUUUUCACAGCAAAGAAUAUUUGAUAAUGGUUGCACUUAUCUUCAGUGCAGGCUAGGAAAAGAGUUUUCUCAACCAAGCUUAACUUGAGUCAUCUUCUCAGAAAGCCCUCAAAAGGCUCUUGUAAAAGCAUAGAUUAAAAUUCGGGUGAUUAUUGAUUGACGUUUGCAUAUCCUGGAAAGCCAGGGUAUGAGUGGGUGGUUGGGAGUGGUGCCGAUUGAACGGCGGAUUCUGCUUCUUGUCACUAUCUCAAAAGCACCAAUUGGGUGUUCCUAGUUUCAGGGUAAACAUACCUACUCCUUUAUACUCUUUUCCCAAACAAGGCAGGCAUGCUGGACAAGCCCAUGGCACGGCCUCGGCUUAGAGCAGGGGUCUGUGAUGCCUCAGUGGCAGCCCUCUGACCUCAUUCCCACCGCCUGAGGUGGAGGAACAGCUUGAAGGUGGAACAGACCAAUCUUGUUUUUUUCCCGUUUUUAAAUGCAGCCCGAGGUGGCAUAUUAAUGUCACUGGCUAUAUCUGACGUGCUAUGGGAACCUGGUGGUCAUUACUUUGAUUGCCUCCUGUUUUUGAAGGCCACUGGAGCAGGAACUACCCUGUCCUUAAGCAGAAAUUAUUCAUCCUGGCGUGCCGUGGCCCAUGGAGUAUGGUGUGAGGAUGACUGUCUUUCAGGGACAGCAUAACACAAAACACAAUGUGUCUUGUGUCAUUGUUGAAACCGUAUUUUCUAGUUCUGGUAGGUUCCUUUAGGUGAGGCUUAAUGCUCCAUGAAAGCUACCUGUUCUGGGCAAACACUGGAAAAGUGCCUUACUGUAUUUCUGCUCAUGAAAGAGUUUCACUGUUUUGGAUAUAUUCUAAAGUGGACCUCAACUAUUUGAGCAAAUAAUACUAGGGCAUACUCAGACUUUUUAGCUGUAUUUUAUACCUACGAUUUCAUGUAACAUUUACUAAUAGAAUUAAGGAAAAUAGAAGCCUGUUAUCACUUAUGCCUCUGGAGGGAGCGAACCCUAGUCCUUGUUAGCUUCUCUAAGGAAGGGGCUAAGGAGAUGGGUAUGAGACUUGAAUCAUCUAUUUCCACGGUGACAUUUUAUAUGACUUUUUCAAAUUCAGUUACCAAAACAAUAUUAAAAACUGAAGGAGGCCUUUCCAGGCUCUGUGAGCCUUUCUGUAGCUUUAACUCUAAAAUGACGUUGUGUGCUUAAGAGUAACACUGCAGGGCAUUGUUGAACAGUGGGUCCCAGGAAACAGUGGCACUUUGAGUAUGUGCUAGAGCCCUGCAGCUAUAGUGCCACCACCCCUGCUCCAACCCACCGAAUGUGGGGUCGUAGGUCAGCCUUGCCUCACGAUGCCCGCAGGAGGGUGUCCAGGUGACAGGUCUGUGUGCCUGUCUGCAGGUUCACACGGCUGUCACUGCCCGCUAAUUUCUUCUUUUAGAGACAAAUGUGUUUGUGUAUUUAAAAGUGUGGCUUAUCUGUCUCAGUCCACAGGGAGC